GUCACACAUGCCUCGUGUCUCUUUUCAAGGCCACAGCCACAGUGCGGGCCGGUCAGCCCGGCGGAUCACUAUGACGUCGUUCCGCCAGGCACAUUCCAAAGUUUAAAGCCGCGGUGCCCUUCUUACCUCUCAAACCUCAAUUGCUUUACCUGCUCUACAUAUCCCUUUGAUCAAUUAAAUUCUCGCCGACCUUUGUACUCAACAUGGAUGUCUACUACUUCUACAGCUACGGCACCGCCGCAUGGCUGGCAACACAAGCCGCGCCUCUGAUCGCCAGCCCUGGGAUGAUCGUCGCGCUGCUCUCGCCCGAAGUCCGCGAAGCCACAACCCUCGAAGUCUACUUCUCGCGCACCCUCGGCUUCACCCUGCUCACGCUGGGCAUCCUUACCGUGCUGCUCACCGGCUCCGUCCCGCUGUCCACCAGCAUCGCGCAAGGUGUCUCGACUGAAAACACGGACCCCAAAGCGCCGUACGCGCUGCCCACGCUCACCAUCACGGCGCUGUUCCACGCAGCCUCGGCGUUCUACUGCUACGGCCUGUGGACGGAGACGGGCGUGUUUUCGUUUGGGCUGGGCAGCUUCGGCGCGCUGUUCUUCGGCGCCGUGGCGCUGUGGUGCAUUCUGUUCGCCAGCAGCAACGGGAGGAUCAGCAGGAAGACGGGCGCGGAUAAGCGGACGAGCGGGUUUCCGUUCAAGAACAGUGAGGCGGAUAAGAGGAAGGGCAGGUAGGGGGGUGUUGAGUUCUCACUGGAUGGGUCUUGGGCGCAUAGACUCAGGAGGAGAGUGGCUUGGGCUUUGGCUUGAAAGCGAGCAUGUGUGUGGAAUUAGAAGUUGUUGA